AUGAUUGAUAUAACAGAAGGAAUAAUGGAGAUAGAGUGCACGUGUGAGAGGUUGAAGAAGCAGUUCUUAUGUUUGACAGAUCUACAAAUAGGCACAGAGAGAGGAGGCGAGGGGGGAGGGAUGGGAUGGGAGUUGGAGACUGGGAGGAGAAUGCAGAGAUUAUCGGGACGUACUCAUGAGGGUUGGGAGCGGAAUGAGAAUGGUUUCGGCUUCGUCAUAUUUGACAACGAGAAGACAGUAGACAACGUCUGUGAUGAGCACUUCCAUGAACUAGAUGGCAAAUUGGUUGAAGUUAAGAAGGCCCAACCGAAGGAGGUGAUGAUCCCACAAAACGUAGCAAAGAAUAGAGCGGCAAUGAUGCGCAAUCUAUAUGGCAUCUAUGACCCAAGCAGCACAGAGACAAGUUUACUGGAGUUGAGACUAUUGCAGGCCCAACACCAAACAAACAACAACAACUCACCCUCGAUGUGCUCAGUCCCUACCGGUCUCACUUCCUCGGUGCCGUUAAUCAUGGACACAGUUGGCAAUGUUAAAGGAUAUGCGGCUCCUAAUUUCACGAUAGGGCCACUUACACGGGGAGCUUACACAUAUGCCCCUUUUCCUCCUUUCUUUUCAGCUUACCAACAGCCUCCUUUCGCCAUGUGUGGAAGCGGUGGUAUGGGGCGCGGUUCAGGUAGCAGAGGUCGACCCCCUCGAGGCAGCUCUAUAGGCAUGCCGUCGCAUCCUCACUCAGGGAUUCCAACGUACACCCCAGGUUUAAUGAUGCCGGCGGCUGGGGUCCCUCCCACGCCCGACCGUCGAGGCCAGACGCCGAUUACCUACUCCUACCCCGAUUACGGGUCUGCCGGCCCCGCGGCGGGCCGCUCAGCCCCGCCUCCUACUCGCAACGAGCCUAGCUCCAUGUCGCACCAGCCUGAAUAUGGGAGGGAUUAUCACCAGCCUGCUGUGAUGCCAAACAGCUACCAGCCCCAGAGCUAUGCACCAUCACCGUCACCUGUUAAUAACCGCUACAAUACAACCAACAGCCCCGGGCCCAUGGACAUCUAUGGCGGGUCCCAAGACCAGGGAAUGGGGGGUAACUAUGUACCCGCUGCCAGCCCUCAACCAACCCAUGCAUUCGGCAUUGGGUCCCAACCGACAGGGUACGGAUCAGGUCAUUAUAACACAGUCUCACAUGGGAGGAACUACUAAACAUUUUGUUUAACUCGGAAGGAAAUAAUCUACUGGCUUUAUAUCAAUGGUCCUACUCAUUCACAUCUAUCUCUAUGGUCGCUUCUGCUGAUAUAUACAUGUAUAUACAUACAUACAUAUAUACAUCAUGGAGGGAGAACACUUAAAUGUAAAUCAUCAGCCGGUUACCAUAAACCUGCAUUAUUUAUCAAUAUUUGUAUAAAUAUUAUAAUGUAAGUUUCUCUCCAAAUUUUACUCCUGUUAAUUUAAUCUUUGAAAGGAAUAUGUUCAUGAACUGUAUUGUAAGAUGUGAUUGUUUUUAUUUCUAUCAUUGUUUUUAUCUUUUUUUUUAAAUCUGCACAUUGCAUGGUUUGUUAUCUUUUCUAUGUUGGAUGCCAUGCAGUCAAUUUUUUUUUUGUUUUUUUUUUGGUUGAUGCAUUCACUUUAUUUUUCUCAAUGAUAUGAUUUAUCUGAGCAAUCUAAGGCAAUUUAGGAUGAUAUCAGUGUAAAUAUAUAUAUAUUAUCUUGUUCAGUUUUGUUCUGAAUUCUUGCAUUUAAAUAUGUUUUGCUUGCUUUCGUACACAUCUGUUUUUUUUUAACUUAUGCAGCCAAUUUAUAGUCUGCACUCAAUGCAAUGAAAUUAUGAAUGAAAAAUAAGUUAUGACAUUUCAAAGAUGGAGUAUGUGCUAAAUGAUAUUGAAACUGAUGGCCCGAUGCAAAUGUCCACCAACGGUAAAGAAGAACCAGUGUUAAAGCGUGAUUAUUUGUUGAUAAACGGGAGAUAUGUCUGGUUUCAGAUAAGUCCGUGCGAAACAGUAAUUGUAAUUUUUUUAUAUUUCGGAUCUCUGAAACCGGGAUAAGGCAUGGUUGGUCAGACACACUGUGGAAUCUUCCUAACUUGAUAUAGGUUUUUUGCUACUUGGCGAGAAAAGAGGCCUUGAAAGCCUUGAUCAUACAACUCUGAAACGCGAUCCAUGUAGAAAUUCAGACUUCUCGCGUUGGCGAAUGGUGAUAGCUUUCAUCGGACAUUUCUACUUACUUUUGAUGAAUAUAUGGAUUGUCAUUUCUUAGCUUCUGAAGGUUGAUUGUUGUCAAGGGAUGAUCUUUGGAACAUGGGUGGGAAGGAUAUUUUUCUAGCAGCUUAUGUACCAUGAGAGUUUAAAAAAGAAGAAACACAAACUUGCCACAUUGCGUAGCGUGUGACCUUUUAGGGAAGUGCAUGAAAUUUGUACAACACUGGAGAUAUUUUUAUUCACUUGAUUGCACAAGAGACAAUUCCAUGAAUAUUUGUAUCAAUUUAUUGACAAUCUCAAUCUAUGAAUUCUGUACAAGUUUUGUUUUUUUGUAAUUCUAAGCAAUAUUUAAGGGAAAAGAAGAAAGAAUUGAAUUUGCCAAAAUUUGUUUGUGUGAUUUGAAUAUCCUUUGCUUAGCUAUGUGAUUACAUGUUUUUUAAUUGAAAACUAUUUUUGAAACGUUGUUGUCGUCCUCUGUCUAUCUUUCUUUGUUUCAUUACAUUUUCUCCAUUGAGUUGUAUUUUUCACAAGACUGGAGAAGAAUGAUCUCAUCCUAUGUCACUAAUAACCAAUGAAUUGCUGGAGUCUAAUUUUUAUAUGCCAUGUGCUCCAUUACUUUAUUUUUUAUGCUUAGAAAAGUCAAAUCAAGCUAUCAAUUAUGAAAUAAAAUCAUGGAUUGUAAUGAAUUAUGAGAACCUAUCGGAGUGAGCAUGGAUGAGCAUUCUAUUCUCUUUCGAACUAAACGUACUUCUGAUAAUAACCAAAAUUUGACAGAUUUUUGCCUGAAUCAUGUACUAAAUUUCUAUUGGGGCUGUAUAAGAAACGUCAAAUGAAACGUUGAAAGAAGUUGUCGGGUGGGUUCUGAUAUCACUGUACAUAAUGAUUCUCAGGUUCUUGGGUACUCUGGCUAUAUGCGAUUGAUGGAUAGAUAGAAAGAAAGAAAGAAAGAAGCAGAAGACAAAUUUUUAUCAGAGUAUUGAAUUGACACUCUGUGCAGAGAACUAGUUGUAAUAUAUCUGGUACGGGGCGCACAGAAUCAGCUUUGCAUCCUCUCUCUCUUAGGGGAUAUAUGUAACCACUGUGAUGUUUUAAUGAUGAUUGUGUUCAAAAUGGUGACUGUGUAUGAGAGUGUUUGGGUGAUUCAUGUUUAUUGUCCAUUCUCGGGAUGGAGCUGUAACUCUUGUUGUAUGUUAUUGUGUGUUCUCUUCCUUCCUCAACUCAGGGUUGAAAAUAUUUAAAAAAAGAAAAAAAUACAUUAACAGUGGUUUCAACAUUGAUUCUGUUUUCUAUGAAAGAUGUUUGGAAAUAAAGGUGAAAUCAACUGAAUGUUUUAAAGAAAUAUAAGAAAUAAUAAGUUUUAAAUGGAAUGGAUGAUAUUGUAAAUGUAGACUAAUUUCAACUAAGUAGUGGAGUUGUUAUGUUUCCGUGUUUAGGAGCCGAUUCUUUCCACUCUUUUUCUUCUGAGUUGAGCUCUAGGUUCAUAAAUGCCCCUUGGAAGGUCCAAUCAGGUUGUACUAUUAACAACAACAACAACAAUACUCUAAGAAGUGCCAACAUAAUUGUUAACCAUAAUGGGGCCAUUCAUCGUCCUAUUUUUUUUAUUAAUAAAUAUUUUGAGAUUUGA